AUGCAGCAAAAUUGGCGCAUUUUCAAAGUGUUUGUGUUCUCGACCCCCGGCACUAGCAACCAACCAAUUAAUAUUGUAUUUACCCCAGAACGGCAUGGGCAGCUCGCAUUGGCCAAUGAGCGUGUUUUACAUAAGCACCGAUUUGAUUUAUCGCGUAGGGCCAAGUCUAACUUUCUCAAACCCAACUCUGUCAAACCCAACUCUGUCAAACCCAACUCUGCCAAACCCAACUCUGCCAAACCCAACUCUGUCAAACUCGCAUUGGCCAAUGAGCGUGUUUUACAUAAGCACCGAUUUGAUUUAUCGCGUAGGGCCAAGUCUAACUUUCUCAAACCCAACUCUGUCAAACCCAACUCUGUCAAACCCAACUCUGCCAAACCCAACUCUGCCAAACCCAACUCUGCCAAACCCAACUCUGUCAAACUCGCAUUGGCCAAUGAGCGUGUUUUACAUAAGCACCGAUUUGAUUUAUCGCGUAGGGCCAAGUCUAACUUUCUCAAACCCAACUCUGUCAAACCCAACUCUGUCAAACCCAACUCUGCCAAACCCAACUCUGCCAAACCCAACUCUGUCAAACCCAACUCUGUCAAACCCAACUCUGUCAAACCCAACUCUGUCAAACCCAACUCCGUCAAACCCAACUCUGUCAAACCCAACUCCGUCAAACCGGGCACAUAG